ACACAUUCAUCACUUUUUUUCUUCUUCUCUCCUGUCUAAUUUCAACCAUGUCAACUGAAAAGAAAGGUCGUGGUCGCCAAAAGAUUGAGAUGAAAAAGAUGAGCAAUGAUAGCAACCUGCAAGUGACUUUCUCGAAGCGCCGUAGUGGGCUCUUCAAGAAAGCAAGUGAACUUUGCACACUUUGUGAUGCUGAUGUUGCCCUCGUCAUAUUCUCACCUGGUGAUAAGGUGUUUUCCUUUGGUCACCCACAUGUUGAUACGGUCAUAGAUCGUUAUCUGUCACGCGCUCCACCCCAGAACAAUGGCACCAUGCAGUUCAUUGAGGCUCGCCAUAGCGCUAUUGUGCGUGAGCUCAAUUGUCACCUCACUCAAAUCAACAGUAUGCUGGACAAUGAGAAGAAGAGUGGUGAUCAGCUGGGUCAUUAUCUUAAGGCAAAUGAGGCUCAGUUUUGGUCGGCAAGUCCCAUUGAUAAAAUGAAUAGGCCUCAACUUGAAUUUUUCCAGAGAGGUUUAGAGGAACUUAAAAAACGUGUUGCACAACAUGCUGAAAGAAUUGUAACUCAGGGUGCACAUACCCAAACUAUUCCAUUCUUUGUUGGAAAUAGUUCAAACUCUAGCAUGCCUCUCCAUCAUCAAGGAAAUCCUCAGCAUGCUCAAAUAUUUCAACCACCAUUUUUUCAGAACCCUAUGAUGCAGCCUCAUUUGUUUGAUUUCAACAAUAAGGGUGGAAGUGACGGAAAUAAUCCCUCGGGAUUCUUUUAAUCUGAUGGCCAGCUUAGAUCUGCCAGGAUGCCCUAUUAUGAAUAUUUAUUGUUCAAAUUGUUUUAAUCAUUUUCUAUUAGAUCACACAGGCUUAACUAGUUUCAUUUAUGGGACUUGAUUAGGACUGAAUUUCAAUGUUAUUUGAAUUUCUAGUUUUAUGUUGUAUUAUGUAUUGUUGAA